AUGGCUUCGACGCUUCAAUCUUCAGUUCCAACCUCCGUUCGCGUCACGCGUCGAGCUUGCCACCACCCAGCCAGCCAGAUCAUCCCACCGGGCACAGCAUUACCCAUCCCACUCGUCAUUCAUAGACGCCGCCGCGGCGAUCCUCCUCGUCUCACGAGUUCCCGUCUCACGAGCUCCUUCUGGACCAAUCCCGCGAAUGGAUUCGUUAGAACAGCAGGAGCUCUCAAGGGUGGGUGCGCGUCGGCAGGAUCGAGGGUCGGCGCGGCGGGUUCAGGGAGGAAGAGGCGGGCGGCGCGGGGAGCGCCGAGAGCGGAGGCGGUGGACCCGGUGGUGCAAUUCUCGCCGGACGACUUUUCCGUUGAGCGACUGCUGGGUACCCUCGACUUCAUGAACGUCUCCAGCUACUCCAUGCCGCCCGGGUCAUCCUCGUCCACGUCAUCACUGUCAUCGCUGACGUGGCCGGGGUCCCGCGAGGACACGGCAGCAGGGCUGAGCGAGAGGGACAUCAACCAGCUGGCGGGCGGCGGGCAGGAGGUGGGGCGAGGCGGAGUGCAGAUCAGAAUGUACCGUGGGCGCAUGGUGACGCCAGGGGAGCGCCUGGGCACGCGGGUGCUGUUCAAGGCGUAUCCGGGCAGAGAGGCCGCCGCCAAGGCUGUUGACGUGGACGCCAUGGCCGCCAAUGAGCUCGUGACACAUGUCGCCCUGCAGGAGCCCCAGGAGGAGGCACAGGAGGACGAGGUGGAUGUGUCACGCAACGUGCUCGUGCUGCUGGGCGGCUUUGAGACGAGCUCAGGCGAGAAGUGGUUGGUGAUGCGAGACGAUGGCUACAUCACCGCAGCAGACUACGCCAAGGCUGCCUCCGAAGCUACCGCCGAGGCUCGGGCCGUGGGGGACUUUGAGGUCUGGGACCGGUUCGACCCUGCCAAGCCUCUGUUUCGGCGGGAGAUCUUCAUCCGGAAGCUUCUGAGAGGGUUCCUGCAGGGGCUGUCGUAUAUGCACUCCAAGGGGCGGCUGCACCAGUCCAUUGGGCCAGCAUCGGUUGUACUCAACACGACCAACGAGACGGAUGUGCGAUACCUUGUGCCGCGGCUCCGCGACUUUGCCUUCGCCAUUGACAUCAGCAACCCAGCAGUGCUCUCAGCAAGCGUGGGCAGCUCAUUCGAUGCAGUGGAUGAGGUGAAGGACAGCCUCUGGCGCCGCGCCGCCUCUGCUGGCGCCAAGUCCUUUCUGGAGCGCCGCUCCUUUGGCCUUGCGGAUGACAUCUAUGCAGCAGGGCUGCUAGUGGCGUACAUGGCAUUCGUGCCUCUCUGUGCUCCGGGGGCCAUCGACGGCCCAUCACUGCAGAGACUCCUCGAGACAACUUUCUCCCUCAACAUCCCAGCAGCACGAGAAUAUUGCUCUGCUGACGAUCGGUGGAGCAAUGCAGUGGCGUUUUUGGAUCGGAGAGACAGUGCUGGCUGGGAGCUGGUGCAGGCCAUGCUGAACCCGGAUUAUCGCCAACGGCCUUCAGCAGUCUCUGCUCUGCAGCACCGCUUCUUUGACCUUCCAUAA